CUUGACCAUUUUCCAUCUCACAACAAUUAGUGAGUGCUUUAUGAUUUACGAACGUUUCCCUGAGCAUCGAUUGGGCCUGAAACGAGGCGUCAAUGGGACAUUCCUCUCCAAGCAUCUCAAUCAAUUCCACAUAAAUCGUCAUCGCGUCCCGGGAAAUCCAAUUCAUCAUCCAAAUAUCCAUGAGUAUCCAUUUAUCAAGGCACUGCCGAAGAAACGAACAUCUGUGGACGUGAGCAAGAAUAUUUCGAUGGUCCUGGAGAAUCUCCUUAAGAGCUACUCCAAUUCUCAACUUCCAACACAUGGCCAGGGUGUACCAACGGUCGUUAAGACCAACAUCCUCAUUCGCAGCAUGGGACCAGUUUCUGAACUGGACAUGGAUUACUCCAUGGACUGCUACUUCCGGCAAUAUUGGAGGGAUAAGCGACUGAGCUUUCAGGGUCCCAUCAAGAGUCUCUCCCUGAGUAUCUCCAUGCUGUCGCGGAUCUGGAAGCCAGACACGUACUUCUACAACGGAAAGCAAUCCCACGUGCAUACAAUCACCGUCCCCAACAAAUUGCUUCGUCUCUCCCAGGAGGGGGACAUCCUCUACUCCAUGAGGCUCACAAUCAAGGCUUCCUGCCCUAUGGAACUCAAGAACUUCCCUGUCGACCGGCAAUCCUGUCCCUUGAUUCUGGGAUCCUAUGCAUACACCUCUCGCCAGUUGGUGUACGAAUGGCUGACCAGCGACUCGGUAGACUUCAAUCCCGGCAUGACUCUGAGUCAAUUUGACCUCAUCGACUUCCCCCAGAGCAACUUUACGUUUUUCCGGCGCGAAGGGGAAUUUUCCGUGCUGCAGGUGUCCUUCAAUCUUCAGCGUCAUGCUGGCUAUUUCCUGAUCCAGGUCUAUGUGCCAUGCAUUCUGAUUGUGGUGCUGUCCUGGGUGGGAUUCUGGAUCCACAGGGAAGCUACGAGUGACAGAGUUGGCUUGGGAAUCACCACAGUGCUGACUCUGUCGACGAUUAGUUUGGAUUCCAGGAAGGAUUUGCCAAAAGUUAGAUAUGCCACGGCUCUGGAUUGGUUCCUGCUCAUGAGCUUCUUCUACUGCAUUGCUACUCUUCUGGAAUUUGCCGGAGUGCACUAUUUCACGAAGGUGGGCAGUGGAGAGAUUCCCCUGGAUGAGGAUGAAUGGGAAGAUAUUGGGGAGCCAGUGGAGAAAAUUGGAGGGAGAUUGUCUAUACAGUUGGAUUCGCCACAGAGGCUCCUGGCAGCACGUCGGAGAUCCUCCCUGAUCUGCCCAAUCUACAACGAUACGACCCUCUUCCGGCCGGCUGCUUCCAAGGUGUCCACAAUGGAGAGAACGACGCAAACUGACCAACCCAAAGCACCUAAAUGGAAGCAACUCUGGCUCUGUAUUCUGGGAGAUGACAAAUUCCGGAGGAUGCGACAGAGAGAAGCCACCCGGAAGGAUCGUUCAACGAGGCAUGUCAAUAGUGUCUCCCUGAUUGACAGAGUAGCCAGAGUUCUCUUCCCCUUGUCCUUUGGCAUGUUCAACCUAAUGUACUGGCUUGUCUAUGUGACUUAUCAGGAAGAUGACUUCCCCUGGACAACCAUCAAUUGAAUCCCAAACACUUUUUCAGUUCAAAAUGAUCAUUUUAUUGAAAAUACCUUUACGAAUAACAUAAAUUAGGCAGGAAAUAUAGAUGAUGAAGAUAGAA